AAGACAAGUUAUUAUCAAAUUGUAUCAUGGUAUCGGAGCUAAGGCUCUCAAAAACCUAGCCUCUCUUUUUUUUUCCGACCGCCGCCCACCAUGGCAGCCCCGUCGGAUCCUUUGGCGUCCUUACCCUCCGGAGUAAAACUUUUACUUCGGAGUCUCCACAACUUAAUUCCAGAAAAACUCACCGAAACAAAUUAUCCGGCAUGGUCUCUCAAUGUCCAGACAGCUCUUUCAGCUAAUCUCCUCCUUGGAUGGAUUGAUGGUCAUGAAGCAGCCCCGGCGCCAACUAUCUCCAAAAACGAUAAAACCGUCCCUAAUCCAGAGUAUACCUCCUGGACCAUCGUUGACACACAGAUCCGCGCCUGCCUCCUAGCGGUCAUCAGCCCCUCCGUUCACAAACAUGCUCGCGGCUUCACCACAUCUGCUGCCCUCUGGGAUGCUUUGGCCGCACGGUACAACUCCGUGUCCACCGCUCAUGUUUAUCAGCUUCGGGACAAACUCCACACUCUUCGUAAAGAAAAACUCACCGAAACAAAUUAUCCGGCAUGGUCUCUCAAUGUCCAGACAGCUCUUUCAGCUAAUCUCCUCCUUGGAUGGAUUGAUGGUCAUGAAGCAGCCUCGGCGCCAACUAUCUCCAAAAACGAUAAAACCGUCCCUAAUCCAGAGUAUACCUCCUGGACCAUCGUUGACACACAGAUCUGCGCCUGCCUCCUAGCGGUCAUCAGCCCCUCCGUUCACAAACAUGCUCGCGGCUUCACCACAUCUGUUGCCCUCUGGGAUGCUUUGGCCGCACGGUACAACUCCGUGUCCACCGCUCAUGUUUAUCAGCUUCGGGACAAACUCCACACUCUUCGUAAAGGUACCAAAACUAUGACACAAUACCUUGAUGAUGUGGCAACUAUUCUCUCGGAUCUCGAUGCCUUGAAAGAAGAGAUCCCUGAACCUUUCUGGAUGGCUGAUCUCCGAAGAAAUAAACCUGGAGAUGGAGAAUAAACUCAACCUCACCGAGUCUAAUGGUAAAUACCACCUUUCUACUCUUCAUUAUGUCCCUUCCCUUACCUCCAAUCUAUUGUCUGUCCAUCGAUUUACGAAAGAUAACAACUGCACUCUUGUUUUCAAUGCCAACGAUUUCCAGAUAGUGGACAAUCCUACCAACCAGGUGCGGUACAAGGGCCUCUGUGAGCAUGGGUUAUACACACUUCCUUCCAAACUCCCAACCGUUGCGUAUCAAGCUAUCCAAGAGUCCACUUGGCAUCAUAGACUCGGUCAUCCAGCUCCUGCGAUUGCCAAAUCUAUUUUGUCUUCCUUAGGUUUUCAGUUUUCAGAGCCUUUACAUUGUGAAUCAUGUUAUGUCUCUAAGUCCUGUCGUUUACCUUUUGAAUUGUCUGAACAUAAGGCCACAACGCCCUUUCAAUUAAUACAUUCUGAUUUUCCAUAUCCCAAAUUGUCAUCCCUCCCGUCACCCUCUCCUAUAACCCCUAUUUUUCCUCCAAGCCCAGGCUCACAUGCUCCUGUCCCACUGACGGUCCAACCCCAGACCCGUCCCACCAGUCACGGACGACAGCCCGACACCCUCCCUAUGGACACGCCACAGACGGUCCAACCCCAGAACCGUA